AUGUCGCGCUAUCUCCGUCCGGCGGCCCGCCUAGCUGCUGCCGCCUCGCGGUCCCCCAUCAUGGCUUCGUCCACCUUCCGCGCCCGCGCCGCCCCUGCGACCCUCUCAGCCUUCUCCCAACGACGAACUUAUGCCGACGCCAAGGGCGCCAAAGACUACACCGUGCGUGAUGCGCUGAACGAGGCGCUCGCCGAGGAGCUCGAGGCCAACGAAAAGGUCUUCAUCCUGGGUGAGGAAGUCGCUCAGUACAAUGGCGCCUACAAGGUGACGAAGGGCCUCCUGGAUCGCUUCGGCGACAAGCGUGUGAUCGACACGCCCAUUACCGAGUCGGGUUUCUGUGGUCUGGCUGUUGGUGCCGCCUUGAGUGGUUUGCACCCCGUGUGCGAGUUCAUGACCUUCAACUUCGCCAUGCAGGCCAUUGACCAGAUCAUCAACUCGGCCGCCAAGACCCUUUACAUGUCGGGUGGUAUCCAACCUUGCAACAUCACCUUCCGUGGCCCCAAUGGUUUCGCCUCUGGUGUCGGCGCCCAGCAUUCGCAAGAUUACAGCGCAUGGUACGGCUCGAUUCCCGGCUUGAAGGUCCUGGCUCCCUGGUCCGCCGAAGACGCAAAGGGUCUUCUCAAGGCUGCCAUCCGCGAUCCCAACCCCGUCGUCUUCCUUGAGAACGAGCUUCUGUACGGCCAGAGCUUCCCCAUGUCGGAAGCCGCCCAGUCCUCCGAUUUCGUCCUCCCCAUUGGCAAGGCCAAGAUUGAGCGCUCAGGCAAGGACUUGACCAUUGUGACCCUGUCGCGAUGUGUUGGCCAGAGCUUGGUGGCCGCCGAGAACCUGAAGAAGAAGUACGGUGUCGAUGUUGAGGUUAUCAACCUGCGAUCCGUCAAGCCUCUGGACGUUGAGACCAUCAUCCAGAGUGUGAAGAAGACUCACCGUCUUAUGGCUGUCGAGUCCGGAUACCCUGCUUUCGGUGUUGGUUCCGAGAUUCUGGCCCUGACGAUGGAGUACGCCUUUGACUAUCUCCACGCCCCUGCUGGACGUGUCACCGGUGCCGAAGUCCCAACCCCAUACGCGCAGAAGCUUGAAGAGAUGUCCUUCCCCACCGAGCAGCUGAUCGAGGAUUAUGCUGUUAAGAUGCUGCGCCUGUGA